AUGUAUUUUGAAUAGCAAGCAGCCAAAUUAUAAGAAAUGGUAUUAUUAGAAAAAGAGCUCAAAAUGAUGAGAGAAUUGGAAGAAUUGUAAGUAAGUUAGGAGAGUACACAAAUAUAAAAUGCUUGUAUAGAAGUGGAAUAGUAAAAAGGAAUGGAAGUAGAAAAAUAGAACAUGGAAGAGGUAUGCAAUACAAUCAAAAGGAAAUAUUGGAGACAAGCUUAAUCACCUAAUUGUGAUUAGUGUUUCUGUGGAAAUCAAUUACAUUAUAAGUAAAUAGUCAAAUGUCAAUUAUGCGAAAAACAUUUUCAUGUGAAUUGUCUAGAUAAAAGUUAUGAUGAAAGAUAUGUUAAGCAUUUCACAUGUCCAAGAUGUACCUUAUAUCAUAUGGAUUAAUUUUGUGAAGUGAUCUCAGUUAUUAUAGAUCCAUUUUCAUUUAAGAAAACAGGGCUGACCAGCACUAAAUCUAUUAAAUUUAAAUCAGAUACUAAUAAAAUUGAUAUCAGAUGCAUUAGAAUGGAUUGUCCCCUAUCAGCUGAAGAAAUCACCUGGCCAGAUCUAGGAGAAUUGCACAUUAACAAUAAGAAAGUGGCUGAAUUUAUUCCAUUGGCUUAGUAGAGUUGUCAACAUAAACGUAAAGAUGAGAAACUGAUAUUCACAAUUCCAUAAAACGAAGAAUGUACUCUAAUGUUGAAAGAAAUAAUCCCUGGCAUGGAGUAGAAGAGAAAAUAUAGAAUUCAAGGGGAAUAAUUGCAUUAUAUUGCUGCCUACAAAACUAAACAGUAUUCUGCAAAAUAACUAAUAGAAAAGAUUACUACAUCGAGUGA